GCUGAAUGUAAAGUUGGAUGAAGAGCUUAUUUUUGUGAGUGUUUCAUUAGUUUAUGCUUUAUAAAACAUAGCCAGUGAAUCACUGAUUAUAGAACCUAUGAUAGCUUAACUGUAAUUACAUAGAGGGUUGUGAAAUUGUUGAUUAAUCUCAGUUUAGCUAUGGGAAAUGUGAGUUCCAAUUGCAGUUUCCCAAUAACUAAUUUGCUGUGAUCAAUUCAGAAAAUAACUUUGUGUUUUAGUCAUUGAUACCAGCAACUGGUUUCAGUAGCCAGUGUUUAGAAUGCUAAGUGUCAGUGCUGUACCCAUGGCAUAUGGAUCAUUGUUUAGUCUUUGCCUCUCAGUAACUGUUCCAUUUUAUGGUUGUGAAAGCUUAUUCAGAGAGCCUAAGCAAGGUCAGUUAAGUGGGGAUAGGAGGAUUUGAGUCAAGGUCUGCUUAAUUGGAAAGCUCAUGAGAGGAAUGGAGCAGUUGUGAAUGUGGAACCUCCAGAGUUUUUAACAAAUUUCUCUUCUUUUUUCUUGGGGUGAGGAAAGGUGAAUAAAUAGGUAUGAUGUGGCAUGUGUGUGUGGUCACACUAGUAACUAUCAAUAGAUAAUAGACUUUUUUUCUAUACUAAAUAUGACACCUAUAGUCAUCUUGUAUGUACUUUUUGUUUUCAGAUUGAAGAUGGAAAAUCCCCAAGACAUUUUCUCAAGUAAUGGUGGCUGUGUAAGUGAUAUAGUUAUAGAGAAAUACCUGGUUGAAUCCAAGGAGUCUGCAUCUCAUGUUCAGCUUGCUUGCAGCAUGCAGCACUGUGCUUUCCCUUUGGAUGGGAAUGAACUUUGCAUAUGGAACACCAAGGAUCCUUCUCAUCAGCUUCUAAUCCUACGAGGACACCAUCAGCCAAUUACUGCUAUGGCUUUUGGAAAUAAAGUGAAUCCACUUCUAAUCUGCUCAGCAUCACUGGAUUAUGUUAUAAUGUGGAACCUGGAUGAAUGUAUAAAGAAAGUACUUCAAGGGCUGGUCCCGCGAGGGACUGUCAUGGGCUCACUUUUGGGAAAGGUGCUGUGUUUACAGUUGAGCCUGGAUGAUCGAGUUGUUGCUGUGUGUGCUGGAAACAAGAUAUUCAUGCUGGAUAUUGAGCAGCCAUGUUCUGCGACAUGCACAGAACAUCCUGAUGUUAAUCACCCCCACAAAGUUCCAUCCCCGACCUUGCACACAUUCUCUCAGGCUCAGGCUGUCCUGGCCAAGCUGCAGGGCCACCUGGGCCCAGUGACCGCGGUGGAGUUCUGUCCCUGGCAAGCAGGCAUCAUCAUCUCAGUAUCCGAGGACAGAGGCUUUAAGGUCUGGGACCAUUGUACAGGAUCGUUAAUAUACAGUUCAUCUGUGUUAUCAGCAUAUCCUCUACUCAGCAUAUUCAUUGAUGCAGAAAGCAGGCAGCUGGUCACUAGGUGUGCUGAUGGCCAGCUUUGGAUCUUCAGUUUGAUGGAUGGACACCACUAUCGUCGUGUGGCACAGGUUGACCUAAGGAAGAAGACAGAGACUUUCUUCACAAGAAGGGUUAAGUCUGGGCUGUACAGCCAGCCAGAAGAAAGCCGGCUUUCCUCUACAAGUGCCCUGGUAAAAGGAGAGCAGGUGGGAGUGACGUUUCCUAUACUGAGACUUGCACCCUGUGAUCUCUCACGUGUCCCACAUUCUGCAUGUGGAUGUCUUUCCUCUGAGAACACCCAGUGCUUGUGGAUUGGAAGCUCAGUGGGCUUAUUCGUGUUUAACCUGGCAAACCUGGAAGUGGAAGCUGCUUUAUGUUACAAGGAUUUCCACAGCCUCAGCAUCCUGUUGGCUGGAUCAUGUGCCCUGAGGAGCCGCUUCACAGAUGGCAAGGCGCUGUGCUUGCUGGCCUCCCUGUUUGGAGGGAAGAUCGCCGUGUUGGAGGUGGACCCAGCCGCGCUGGUCAUGGCUCAGCAGUGCUCCAGGGUGGGACAGGGCCUCUCAGUGCCAGCCAGCUCCUGUGUCCUUCCUACCUCUCCACUGUAUCUGGGAAUUGCCAAGGUGAAAAGCACCAAGGCUGCUAGUGAACAGCGAUGUGCUAAACGGAACGUCAUGAAGGACCAAUUCCUGGUUUUACGCAGUAAAAUUAAGUCAUCUGGUUAUGCCUCGGCACCACACUUAACUAUGUUUUCGCCGAAGACCAACAUCAAGAGUGAAGGUAAAGGACCGUCAAGACACAGGAGCAGCUGCACAUGGGAGGCAUACGCCGUGGACUGCGCUGUGCCUGCCAAGCCUGGUCCCCGGGUCGCCGCAGCCCCCGCCUGCACACGCGUGUGCUGCAUCCAGUACUCAGGAGAUGGGCAGUGGCUGGCCUGUGGGUUGGCCAACCAUCUAUGUCAGGUUUUUGAUGCCAGCCUGACUGGGACACCUGCUGUGUUUUCAGGUCACGACGGGGCAGUUAACGCCAUCUGCUGGAGCCAUGACCAGAGGUGGCUGCUCUCCACGGCCCAGGACCGGACCCUACAGGUGUGGUCGGUGCAUAGGACAGAGCUCGCACUGCUUCUGGGCAAAGACAUGUUUUCUAAACCAAUACAGUCUGCACAGUUUUAUUACAUAGAUGCCUUUAUAUUGUUAUCUUCUGGCCCUGAAUUUCAGCUACUGAAGUAUCACAUUGACACUUGCAAAGAUGAGAUUAAGAGAUUGGUCAUCUUGAUUUUCUCUUCCGGAUAUAAACAGAAGAGCAAAUCCAAGCUGGUUUGCAGGCUCUCCAUGACGGAUGCAGGAGACAUGACCUGUUUAUCAGCAGUAAAUGACUUUUAUUCCCACAUCGUACUCACAGCUGGCCGGAACAGGACGGUGGAAGUGUUUGAUCUCAACGCCGGCUGCAGUGCAGCCCUGAUAGCAGAAGCCCACUCGCGGCCUGUCCAUCAAAUCUGCCAAAAUAAAGGUUCAUCAUUUACGACCCAACAGCCUCAGGCUUAUAACCUUUUCCUGACCGCGGCCAUUGGCGAUGGGAUGAGACUGUGGGACCUGAGAACCCUGAGGUGUGAGCGCCACUUUGAAGGGCAUCCAAACCGCGGUUAUCCAUGUGGAAUAGCUUACAGUCCUUGUGGACGAUUCGCGGCUUGUGGGGCCGAGGACAGACACGCUUACAUGUAUGAAAUGGGCUCCAGCACGUUUUCUCACCGGCUGGCUGGGCACACAGACAUCGUCACCGGAGUGGCCUUCAACCCAUCAGCACCCCAGCUCACCACAGCCACCUUGGAUGGUAAGCUCCAGCUCUUUCUAGCUGAGUAACUGCUGACCUGUGAGCUGAGCGCAGGAAUGCUGCAAGGGACAACUGGAAAGUAAGAAAUGGUGGUUCAUCCAUCGCGGGGCCAGGGCGGCAACUGCUUCUCGUACUUUGAGACUUGCGUCAGCUUUCCCCGUUAGCAAGCUCCUGCACCCUGCAUGUUCCACUGUCACAUUUUUAUGUCUUUCUGCUCCUCAAAAGGGAUACCCCUCAUUGGGAAAAUGGAAAUGGCAUCCAGUACUUCUGCACAGAAUUUGGUAAAGUUACAACAGAAUAUCCUUCGAUAAAACAUAAUACAGUAUUUGUUUGAUAAUUAGACCUGGAAGGAAAAAGAGGGAGAGGAUUUCUUUUAAGAAGUGAAAAUAAAGCAGUAAACAGUCCUAA